UUAUAUCUCAAGCUCUCGAUUAAUAAUUAUCCACUGCACUGCUCCUUUGUCCUCUAGCUAAACCACACUUAUCUUUACCAAACUUCACUUGGAACUUGUUUACUACCCUUCCUCUCUACCUUCUUGAUCCUCUCUGCCUUCGUCAUCAAGAAAUCACUUCACUGAACUUCAUCGAUCGGCAGCAUAUCGAGAUUCCAUGUUGCGGGGAUCUGGACUGGCUAGACAGUUCUUUGAGAAACCACCAUGGCGGCCUCCACUGAAAAGGAAAACUCCAACUACCGCAGCUCUUCUUGUCUUGUCUGUUGUACUCAUGACUGCCUUAAUUACAUAUUCUUCAUGGAUUGACACUUCGGUGGUUUUUAUUGAGAAUUCAAAUGACAAAAACAAUACCAUGGUAGUAUCUAAGAAACCAAAAACUCCCGUUCCCAUACAGAGAAUUGAAAUCCCACUCAACUGUACCGCCAGUAAAAAUCAGACACAAACCUGUCCAACGGAUUAUCCCAAGACAUUCCAAACACAAGACAUUGAUCCUUCAUUAAACCCUGUUUGUCCCGAUUAUUUUAGAUGGAUCCACGAAGAUUUACGUCCCUGGAAAACCUCGGGGAUCACCAGGGACACGGUGGAAAGAGCUAAAGGAUCAGCGACGUUUCACCUCGUAAUCAAAGGGAGCAAAGUCUACGUUAAAAACUACAGACCGGCCAUUCAAACAAGAGAUGUUUUCACCAUCUGGGGCAUUCAACAACUCCUCAGGAAAUACCCCGGCGGAUUACCGGACCUGGAAAUCAUGUUCGACACCGAAGACCGACCGGCGAUCAGAUCAAGGGACUACAGAGGACCGAAUGCAACAGCCCCACCACCGUUGUUUCGCUACUGCGGAGACAAAAAAACUUUGGAUAUAGUCUUCCCUGAUUGGUCCUUCUGGGGAUGGGCGGAAAUAAACAUAAAACCAUGGGAGAGCAUACUGAAAGAUGUUAAACAUGGAAAUAAUAAGAUCAAAUGGACAGAUAGGGAACCCUAUGCCUACUGGAAGGGGAAUCCAUUUGUGGAUGUAAAUAGGCAGGACCUUCUUAAAUGCAAUGUCACUGAUCAACAAGACUGGAAUGCUCGCUUGUUCAUCCAGGACUGGAUCCUUGAAGGCCAACAAGGUUUUAAACAAUCCAACGUUGCCGAUCAAUGCACGUAUAGGUACAAGAUAUACAUUGAAGGAUAUGCAUGGUCUGUUAGCGAGAAAUACAUUCUGGCCUGUGAUUCAGUCACAUUGAUGGUACAACCUCAGUUCUAUGAUUUCUUCAUGAGAAGCAUGCAACCCGUAGACCAUUAUUGGCCUGUAAGAAAUGAUGACAAAUGCAGAUCACUUAAGUUUGCCGUGGAUUGGGGCAACAAUCACAAAAAGAAGGCACAAGAAAUUGGAAAAGCAGCCAGUAGCUUUAUGCAGGAGCAGCUAAAAAUGGACUACGUUUAUGAUUAUAUGUUUCAUUUGUUAAAUGAGUAUGCCAAGUUAUUGAAAUUUGAGCCGAUAAUACCCCAAGGUGCCACGGAGUUGUGCUCGGAGGUAAUUGCCUGUCAUGCCGAAGGGCUACAAGGCCGAAAGAAGAAAUUCAUGAUGGAAUCAUUGGUGAAAGGUCCUUCCAUCACGAAUCCAUGCACCUUGCCUCCUCCUUAUGACCCUCGAGCUCUUGCAGCGUUUCUUAGAAGAAAAAACAACUCAAUAUUGCAAGUGAAAAAAUGGGAGACAGGUUAUUGGGAAAGUCUCAACAAGCAAUAGUUGAUGCCUGAA